AUGGCUGUAUGGAAAAACCCUAAAAGACAUUUAUUACUAACACAAAAAUUUUAUAAGAAAGUUUAUGUAUUAAUAUCAGAUCCAACUAUAGUUGUUGUUCAAUAUGUUGGCGAUGAACAAAUGGCAUUACCGUCGACAAAAACACCAGCAGUUAUUCUCCAAGAGAUUGAUCGUCGGGUGGAACAUGAAUUAGCUCGCUCAAUUUAUCAAAGUCUGGUUUGUACAACAGAUGGUAUAGCAACUAUCAAGAACAAGAAACAAAGUCGAAAAUCGGAGACAAAAAAAAUUAAACGAACUGAGAUUAUCGCAAGACGACAUGUGAGCUAUUUCUUUUUAUCAGAAAACCAUCUUACGGAGUGUUCUCAAUGUGUAUUGUAACUUGAUUAUAUUUCAAGUUUUCAUUAUACAUAAUAGCGUCGCAUUAUCCUGAAUUUGUUCGAUUCUAUCAGGUGUGGCCACGUCUUGCUGUUGUUUGUGCGAAUCAAAAGGCCAUUAAUAUGUUUAAUGCAAGUAUUCAUUUAUCGAAUAAUCAUUUUCCUGUAACGCUAUGACUGAUCUAUUUUCAUUUUGUGUAAAUGUAUAUGCUGUGCUCUCUUUAUGAUACAUUUUUUCUAUGAAUUGUUGGCAGUUACAACAACACGAAUCGUCAUCAGUUAUGAUACUACCUUCAAUUUGGUAGAUGCUUCCGUGCCAUCGUUAAUAUAUUGUCAUGUCGUGAGUAUUCAUUUAUUAUAUUAUCAUCAUUUAGAGUGUUUCUGUCGCGCUAAGAUCGGUUUGUAUUUUUGUCCUGUUCUAAAAGAGUGUGAUAUCCUUUUAUUUAAGGUUUAUUAUUAGGAGGAACAGAAAGCUGCGGGUGGUCUCA